GCCCUAUACCUGUGAUCAGUGUGGCAAGAGAUUCACUUACGGCUCCAACCUUCGUACCCACCAGAGAUUGCACACAGUUCUACUUUUCCAGAAUCCUGUACUUUCCAAGAGGAAGACAGUAUGAUCAAGUUCCAGGAAAGUGUGACAUUCAAGGACGUGGCUGUGAUCUUCACCAAGGAAGAGCUGGCACUGUUGGACAAGGCCCAGAUAAGCCUGUACCAAGAUGUGAUGCUGGAGAACUUCAGGAACCUUGUCUCAGUGGGAGAUGGGAUUAAAACCAACAUUUUUAAUCUUCAGGAAAAAGGGUUGAAAAUUCUCUCACAAGAAGUGUUCCACUGCUGGCAGAUUUGGAAACAAAAGAUCUGUAAACUAACUGCAGGUCAGGAUUAUGUCAUGAAUCUUCAAGGAGAGUGUCCCCCAUGUGAAGAGUGGGUAAGGGUCUCUCUUCAGAUUUCUGGAAAUGAAAACUAUGCAGUAAGUGCCAUUAAUUUAGAAAAUCAAGAUGUCACAACCUGGAAAGACCUGACUCAGGUCUUUACUCCAGAAUUCUCGAAGAAAGCCAUAGUGCCUAUGCCCCUGAAUUCUCAGGGAAGUUAUCAGAGAAUUCAUAUGGGAGAGAAAUUGUAUGAAUGUGCCCAGUGUGAUGACAGUGUCAGUUGGAACUCACUUGAUCACAGCAAUUCCCAUGAAGAUAAAGGAGAGGAACCCUGUAGAUGCAUCAACUGUGGGGAAAACUCGGGUAUGAAGUCAGCAGUUGAACAACAUAAUAUGACUCAUGCCGUGCCACCACCUUUCAAAUGUAAAAACUGUGGGAUGGGCUUUAGAGGUGAUGGAAAUCCUUGUGUUCAGCACAGCGCUCACAUAGGAGAAAAAUCUUAUACAUGUGACCAGCACAGAAAUGACUUUGGUCAGAGCCCAGAUCUUGUUGUUCCUUAUGAAGCCCAUUCAGAUGAGAUGUCUUAUGAAUGCCACACAUGGGCUACAGGCUGCAAACGGAGUUCAGACCAUCCCAGAUAUCAGAAAGUCCCCUCUGGAGACAAACCCUACAAAUGUAAGGAGUGUGGCAAGGGCUUCAGGCGCAACUCCUCUCUUCACAACCAUCAUCGAGUCCACACGGGAGAGAUGCCCUACAAGUGCAAUGUGUGUGGGAAGGGGUUUGGAUUUAGGUCACUGCUUUGUAUUCAUCAGGGAGUACACACGGGGAAAAAGCCCUAUAAGUGUGAAGAGUGUGGGAAGGGCUUUGAUCAAAGCUCCAAUCUUCUCGUCCAUCAGAGAGUCCACACUGGAGAGAAGCCCUACAAAUGCAGUGAGUGUAGCAAGUGCUUCGGUUCAAGCUCCGUCCUUCAAGUCCACCGGAGGUUGCACACAGGUGAGAAGCCAUAUAGGUGUGGUGAGUGUGGAAAGGGCUUCAGUCAAAGCACACACCUUCACAUUCACCAGAGAGUCCACACAGGGGAGAAGCCCUACAAAUGUGACGUGUGUGGAAAGGAUUUUGCGUACAGUUCGGUUCUUCACACUCAUCAGAGAGUUCACACAGGAGAGAAACCUUAUAAAUGCGAAGUGUGCGGUAAGGGCUUUAGUUACAGCUCAUAUUUUCACUUGCAUCAAAGAGAUCACACCAGAGAAAAACCCUAUAAAUGUGAUGAGUGUGGUAAGGGCUUCAGUCGGAAUUCAGAUCUUCACGUUCAUCUCAGAGUCCACACAGGAGAGAGGCCCUAUAAGUGUAAAGAGUGUGGGAAGGGCUUCAGUCGUAAUUCAUAUCUUCUUGCCCACCAGAGAGUGCAUACAGAUGAGACACAAUACACAUGCCAUGAGCAUGACAAGGGUUUUAGUUGUAGCUUAGACCUUCUUACUCAUCCAAGACUGCAUGAGAGGACAGAAACAUAAAUGUAGUAAGUCAGAGUCUGUCAGCCUUGGGAGGGUUGGGGGAGCAGAAAAUAGGGACGUUACCAUCUGUGAUGUCAGCCCACAGCACUGGAGUAUGCCAGGUGACUACUGUGGAUCUCAAGAACUUCUGUGAAGCUCCCCUCAACUGCCGUAUGCUGCAGUGGCAAAUAACUAUGGACCAGCUCUUCAGCUGAUUGAGGAAAAACAGAUAACUUCUCUGCCAUCUAGUGGGUAGUAGCUAUACCAUCUUCAGUGAGGUCUGAGCCCUAACCUUGGGGACUUUGUUGAGGCCUAAAACCUUUCCAUGUUUACCCUUCCUUGGCUACGAUUUCUUGUGUGCCAUCUCAGUUUGUUAAAGUUAUCUGAUAAUGUGUACAAUUUUUGUUAUUUAUACCUCAAUAAAGAUGGAAAAAUGUA